AUGAAAUUGCCCAAGAGCUUUACCCGGCGAAAAUCGUCCGGCAACGUUUUGGACGACGUGGAGACACCUCACCAAUCCUCCUUUCGAGUCUUUGAGCGCCCAGGGGCUCACCGAUCGAUGACGGAUGGUGCUGCACUGACCAAGCCGCUGAGUGAGGGCAAUGCCGUACCGAUGGAGGAUCCCGAUAACAUCUUUGCGCAGCGGGAGCGACCCCUGGAUAAGAAUCGGUAUGACCGCCCCUCAACCAGGGAUUCCCUCAGGAGGCGGCUGACCGGGAACCGCGAUAGUGGCAACUACGAAAGCUCUACGUCAACCAGGCAAAGCUCGUCGUCCACUCUCCCAUCAUCCACCGAGGUGCCUCCGUCCGACCACCCCCAAUCUCCACAUUCCAGAAUCCACGAUGUGCCCGCUCCACCUCUCACGAAUGCACUGCGCGCCGCAGGGCGAACCUUUUCGUUCGGAGGUCGCUUCAGCAAGUCUAGUCCGAUUGUCCCUCGGCAACAGACCCCAGACGCGUCGAAGCACCGCCCGGUGACAGGUAGCACUGAUAGUACCGCCACGCCGCCCAAGCUGCCGGAUACCAAUUUCACCCUUGAUUCACACGAUGACUUUAACAAGAUGUUCGAGAAUAUGAGCACAAGGGAGGCUUCGGCAGCCCAGGGCUCAUCCUACCCGCCCGCAAAGGUAAGACAUGCAAUCGCUAUUCCGAGCACGGACGUGACACUGAUGCAAUCGCAGUACCCCUCGUCUCCACCAUUGCAUGCUCUCCCCGAGUUUCAGAACGGCAGGGCUGCCGCACCUGCUGCUAUCAAAACAGACCGAUCGGCCGUUGUCGAGUCUCCCCCUUAUUCUUGGGAUCGUCGCCCGUCCGAGGAGGGCUUGCUACGUGAUCCCGAUUCUGCCCCGCUGAGCCAAAGCCACUCCACCCUCGAGGCAGUUGUUGGUUUCCGCAGGCUUUCGCCGUCUCCCAAUAAUAUUGGGGAAGCCACUACAGCCCACCGUUCCCUGGAGCGCCCCCAGAAAAUGGAGAGAGGAGGACUGCGGAGGAGUGUGAUGUACUCAACUCCGCGUGAAUCUGCACCCUUUGAUGACGAAGAUGCCAAACUGGUCCGACAAUCCCUCAUUUGGACGAAAGAUAGCAUGUCACCAGGCUCAGAGGAUAGCCCCUCUGGUGGAACUCCGUUGCUUGAUAAAGGCAAAGCGCCGAAUCACUCGGGUUACAUCAACCCGGAGUCUGAUAAUAUGUUUCAAUAUCGUCCUUCGCCUCCUCCGCCCGAGAGAUUGGACCCUUCCAUUGCAGCUCAUGCACGUUUGGCUGUGCAGUAUGCAGAUAGCACACCCAAGUCGACUUCUCCGGGUAACAAAGUGAUGACUCCAUCUCAGUUCGAGCACUAUCGCCAGCAACAAGAACUCCGACGUUCUAACAGUAGUGCGACCAAGAGCGAGCAGGAGUCUGAUCAUGAAGAAUUCGAGGACGAAGAAGAUGAAGUGGAGAAGCAACGUGAGACGGAACGCCAGCGACGGAAGCAGGAGGCGCACCUCUCGGUGUAUCGUCAGCAGAUGAUGAAGAUCACAGGCCAGCAAGCCCCUCUCCAAUCGCUGCGUCCGGUGAUGAGUGGAGGUAGCACUAGCACACCUAAUUUACUCCCCAGUCGGCUGUCUGUCCUGGGCGAUAAGUCUAAUAGCGGCAAGAGCAGCGAGGAAGAGGAUGACGAUGUGCCGCUCGGUAUUCUGGCCGCGCAUGGCUUCCCCAGUCAGAAUCGUCCACCCACCCGCCUCACUAACAUUAGCUCGAAUCCCAACCUUCGCGCAUCCAUGCAACCACCGUAUAUAUCCUCUGCCAGCUCCGUUUCGGGUGUCGAUGCCAAUGGCAGCCGGGUCAGCUUGCCUCCGUUUGCCAGGAACUUGCCGCGAGACCCAUAUUUCGGUGCGGGUAUUGUCAAUAAUCCAAACCGUGAAUCACUGGCUCUCGGAGGUGGGUCGGUAUAUGGAGGAUCCUCGUCUCCCGCGCCUCCCCCUGGAGGCCUUGUUGGCGUGAUCGCGAAUGAGGAGCGGGCGCGGGCGAUGCGCAGAGGCAGCCCGAACACACAGGCGAUGCACGACAUGGGAACUCUCCCCCGCCCGUACUCGAUGAUGUCGCCGCAGCAACAAAGCGUGACGCCCGGGGAACAAGCUUCAAUUCAGCUCUCUCAGCAAAUGAAUAGCAUGAUGCAGAUGCAGAUGCAAUGGAUGCAGCAAAUGAUGCAAGUUCAAGGCAUGCCCGGUCAACCUAUGAUGCAAGGCAUGCCAAUGCCUCCCAUGAUGAUGCCAGGGGGACUGAUGGGCAUGCCCCCCAUGGGCCCUCCUUCAAUGACCGGACCUCCGUCCAUGUCCAGCAACCCGAAUAUGCGACCGAUGUCCAUGCCUGCUGCAUCUAUCCUCAAUAUGCCCCCCUCAGUGCCACCCCACAUCGACCAGCGUACGCUUAGCAUGCUGGACCCCAACGUCUCGGCCCGUCGGACUGGCUCGCCGAUGCCGAAUCUGUCCGGGAACACAUUCCGCCCACACACCGGAUAUGCCUCCUCGAUUGCUCCGUCAGAGCGUAGCAAUGCGGGCUUGGCACCGAGAUACCGACCCGUGUCAGUCAUGCAACCGGAAUCUAAUUACGCAACCGCAUCCCCGACGAACAAACCUUUCGGCGACGAAAACCUUCACCCAUCCAUGGCGAUCUCUCAAUCCAACAUUCCCAAAUCGCAUCUUGCCACAGUGACCGUCCGCCCCAUGUCACGGAGCAGCCGUCCAGGCACUGGUAUCGGAGGUCGAAAGGCCGGGUCUGAUGACGAAGAGGAUGACGAGGAGGCCUGGGCUGACAUGGUGAAGAAGCGCGACAAGAAGAAGAGCAGCUGGAAGCUGAAGCGCGGAACAUCCUCAUUCGGGGAUCUGCUGAGUGCCGUGCACUAA